GACAGACCCGAGCAAGUGGAUUGCUAGCGAAGCGAUCGACGGCGGAUAUUUCUGAGGAAACUGUACAGUUCAACUUCACACAAAUGGAUAUUUACGUGGCUUUGUUAUCGGUAGUGCUCAUUGCGAAACCAGUUAUCGGCUUUGGAAUAGAUCCCGACUACCAGAUAGAUAUCAUCAAUGAACUUGACUUCGCAAAUGCAAUUUAUGGAAUUACCCAAGUGGCAGGGCUUCACAACAAUAGCAAAGCCUUCUUAUUUCGAGAUGUGGGGAGAGCAGUCCACGCACCCGCCCACAUCACAGAGAAGGUGGUGGAGCUUUUCAGGAGUAAAAGUGAAUUUACCUUCCUGGCCUCCAUCCAGCAGAAGACCUCCACGUCAGGAGUCAUCUUCUCCAUCCAUGAAUCUGAACACAGUUACUUUGAGCUGGAGAGCAGUGGGCUGAGGGAGGAGAUCCGCUACCACUACCGCUACAAAGGCAAGCCCCGCUCAGAGUCCUUCCCCUACCGACUAGCCGAUGGCCAGUGGCACAAGAUAGCCCUUUCCAUCAGUGCUACACACCUAUUGCUGCAUGUCGACUGCAACAGGAUUUAUGAGCGAGUGAUAGACCCACCUCAGAUGGAUCUGACCCUGGGCAGUGGAGUGUGGCUGGGUCAGCAUAGCCACAAGCACGGCCUCUUCAAGGGUACCAUUCAGGACGUCAAAUUCAUUUUUGCUCCAAACGGCUACAUCACACAAUGUCCCAACCUCAAUCGCAGCUGUCCGACAUGCAGUGAUUUCCUGAACCUGGUGCAAGGCAUCAUGGACCUUCAGGAGCUGCUGGCCAAGAUGACCCUAAAGCUGAACUACGCAGAGUCCAGGCUGACCCAGCUGGAGUCCUGCCGCUGUGAGAGGACGUGCAGUGCCAAUGGUGUGGUCUACAGAGACAAGGAGCUAUGGGUGGAGCCAGAGAACUGCAGGAACUGCGGCUGCAUGAACGGAGUAGUGGAGUGUCGCAGGAUAUUCUGUCCCCCUGCCAACUGCUCAGAGGACUCUCUCUCCGUGCAUGUGGAGGGCACCUGCUGCAAGAAAUGCCGACCAAAAUGCACCUACAUGGCCCAGACUUUGUCAGAGGGCCAGCGUCUGCUAACGAAGAGGUGCACAGAAUGCAAGAACGGGAUGAUGGUGAGAGUGACAGAGAACUGUCCAGAGCUCAACUGCACCCUCAAGGAACAGAUCCUACCUGACAACAGGUGCUGUAACAUCUGCAAAGGCUACGACUUCUGCGCAGAGGGACUCAUUUGUGGGGAAAAUUCGGAGUGUAAAAACCGGAAUACCAGAGCUGAGUGUGAGUGCAAGAGCGGCUUUGCCUCCAUCCAUGGGGACUCCACAUACUGUGAAGAUAUCGAUGAGUGUGUCACCCAGAUGCACUACUGCCGGGCUAACACGGUGUGUGUGAACCUACUCGGCAGCCAUCGCUGUGACUGUCUACCUGGCUUCAUCAGAGUGGAUGACUAUUCCUGCACAGAACAUGAUGAGUGUGCCAGUGGGCAGAGCUCCUGUGAUGACAAUGCCAUCUGCACCAACACCAUCAGAGGCCACCUGUGCUCCUGUAAGCCUGGCUAUGUGGGGAACGGCUCCAUCUGCACAGCAUUCUGUGAGGAGGGGUGUAGGAGCGGAGGUACCUGUGUGUCGCCCAACACCUGCGUCUGCCCCUCAGGCUUCACGGGACUCCACUGUGAGACAGACAUUGAUGAGUGUGCGGAGGUCCUGAUCCAGUGCCACAUUCACUCCCGCUGUGUCAAUCUGCCGGGCUGGUACCACUGUGAGUGCAGGAACGGUUUCCAUGACAAUGGCUCCUACCUGAUCGACGGGAGUUCCUGCAUCGACAUUGACGAGUGUGCCACGCAGACACACACCUGCUGGAACGACAGUGUGUGUGUGAACCUUCCAGGUAGUUUUGACUGUAUGUGCACAUCUGGACCAGCCUGCAGUGGAGACUGUCUUUACGAGGAGGGCCUCAAACACAACGGACAGAAGUGGAACCACAGCCUGGACCACUGCUCCCUCUGCUCCUGCAAGGAUGGGCGCACCUUCUGCAUGAGGAGAGAGUGUCAUUGUGCGGACCCCGAGACAGACCUGUUCUGCUGUCCUGAGUGUGACUCCAGAAAGUCCAGCCAAUGUCUGCACCAGAGUGGACACAUACUGUACCGCAGCAGAGACUCCUGGAUCUACAGUUGCCAGCAGUGCCGCUGCCUGGAGGGAAAGGUGGACUGCUGGCCCCUGGCAUGUCCAGUGUUGGCGUGCAAAUACUCUGCCUUGGUGGAGGGCGAAUGUUGCCCGCACUGCGUCACUGACCCCUGCCUGGCAGACAAUAUUGCCAACGACAUCAGGCAGACCUGCCAGGACCCUGCUGGCAUCACCCGCCUCAGUAGUGCCACGUGGCCCAUGCCAGGGUCACCCUGCACCACCUGCAAGUGCAAGAAUGGAAGUGUGUGUUGCUCGGUGGAGCUGGACUGCCUUCAGAACAACUAAGCACUCCUCUUUCGGAUGCCGUACUCCUCUCCUCCACUCCAAUCGUUCCAUUCCGCCGAUCCUAGACUGGUCAUACUGUUUGAAGACCCUACCUUUGGACCUUUUACCACACAUGCACACAAACACACACAUACGUAUGCACACACACACACACACACACACACACACACACACACACACACACACACACACACAUUCUGCCUGGGUUAGGGAAGUGGCUAGAGCUGUGCGUUCACACUGGAUCUUAAAGUCACAAUGUAUUGCUGACAGACGGAGAGAUGGAGUUUGUGUCUGCUUAACAACUACAGGACAAGACCAACCUACAUAUAACCGUUUCCCCCCUACUUGCACCCUUAUACGUGUGUGUCCUGUAUGUUUGUGUGUGUGAGUGUGUGUAUACCAGAGAUUCCAAAACUUUUUUGGCACACGACCCCACCAUGUAAAAAAUGUAUAAUCAAGGGACAGUGUUUUUUAAUUGGGGCUAUGACAGUCUAUUAGAAAUUAGUCUGACUGUACUCUUGACAGUAUUUCAAUGUGAAGGAAGUAUGGUUUGAAGUGACGGAAAUGCAUCAGAAAUGUGUUGGGAAGUACAAAAGAUCAUCAGGCAAUCAUCUUCUGUGUAGAAAAGAGCAUCAUUGUUGAUGAUGCUCUUUUCCCCCUGGUCUAUAUUAGUGCCUGGUCUUGUCUAAUGAGUCCUGUGUAACAUAUAGAAGGAGACAGAAGACACAUGCGUGUUCCUGAGAAUCGUUUGAUGGGAUCAUAAUAUUUUGUAGCUUAAAUGGAUCACAAUAUAGUCACAUUUGUAGGAAGAAAACAGAAACGGCUGUGUUUUUUACAUCGAGGGGCUACCAAAGCAAUAUUUUCCCACAGAAUUUAUCUCAAAUCAAAUCCAAUUUUAUUGGUCGCGUACACAUAUUUUGCAGAUGUUAUCACAGGUGCAGUGAAAUGCUUUAUGUUUCUAGCUCCAACAGUGAAGUAAAACCUAACAAUACAAAAUAAUACACACAAAUCCCACCAAAAAUUGAAAGAAAGAAAGUAAGAAAUAUCAAGGUCAGAGUCUGGAAUAUAAAUGUAUAUAGUGGUGUAUUUAGACAUUAUAGACCGUAUAUGAAUAGAACAGGUAGUAGUUAUAUAGGAUGAGCCUUGACUAAAAUCCAGUAUAUACUUUUUUUACUUUUUAAUCAAACCUUUCUUUCACUA